CAAAAUCUUCAACCGUUUAGUAAUAUAUUUAGUAAUGUUGAUGCUUUCAACUUAUUCGGAACAUUUUAACUGAGUACCGGCUCAUAUUUAGCUAUGUCUUACAUCAAAAUGAUUUACAUAUUCGUGGUUUUGCUGCUCUGUGCAAUUCAACUAAAGGGAACUGUUAAAAGAGAUAUAGAUCUCUCUGCCCUUUAUAUGGGGAUUUCAGAGGAUCGAUUACCUAAGGAAAUCAUUCCACUAAGUUAUGAAAUACAAAUUGAACCUAACAUAGAAGAACAAACAUUUUGCGGCUACGUAAAAAUAAAUUUGCGUUGGAUUGCCGACUUAAAAAAAAUUGUUUUACAUGCUCAUUUCGACUUGAUUUUAAAAGAUGAUAAAAUAAAACUAAACCAAAUUAAAAGAGAUUUUGGCAACCAUACAGUUUUCGAGAAUAUUACCAUUUUGCGAAGCGGACGAAUUCCACGAAAGUCUAUCUAUGUUUUGCAUUUAAAAGAGCUAGUUAAAAAAGACUCUGAAUGUAUUCUUGAAAUCCCAUUCGAGGGAAAUAUUUUGGAAACUUCAGAUGGACUAUUUAGAGGAUAUUAUACCAAUUCUACCACUCUUGACCAGGAAUUAUAUUUGGCUACAAAUUUAAAACCAAACAAUGCACGUCGCAUCUUCCCCUGCUUCGAUGAGCCUGGGUUAAAGGUUCCAUUUACCGUAUCAAUCGCCAGACCUAAAGAUCUUAAAACUAUUUUCAAUACACCGCUGCUUCGAACUAUUCAACACCCUUUUUUAAACAACUACAUGUUGGAUUAUUUUGUAAAAACACCGCCAAUGCCAACAUUUACAUUUGGAUUUGUAGUAUCAAAACUUCAGCGGUUGAAUAUUGAUCCUAUAAAUAAAACAUACAGUCUACCUUCGCCAACUAUAAAUAUUUGGAGUAACAAAUUCGACACAGACUCAAAGGAAAUCCACGAGAAGGUUGUAUUAAUAUAUAAAACUAUCAACGCUUAUUUUAAUUUAACAAUUCCAUUGUCUAAAAUUGAUGUGCUUGCAAUUCCGGAUUUACCAACCGCAAACUCUAUAGGAGUUUGGGGCAUACUGACCUUGAGAGAGACUGAACUUCUUAAGAAGGGGUAUUUAGUGUUGGCGCGCGAGCUUGUAAAUCAGUGGAUUGGUUCGUGGAUUACUCCCGAAUGGUGGAGUGAGGCAAAUUUGAACAAAGCUUUGACCAGUUUUUUAGCAGCAGAAUUCGUUAUGACGAUAGAUGGUGGUGUGGAGUUUAACGGAAAAUAUCCUAUGACAAUUCUUUACUCUUUGUACUAUGAACUAAGCAAAAGAUAUCCUCAUUCACGGAUUACUGGAAUGAAACAAGAAACCGAAUCAUUCAAAACAGAGCUUGUUUUUCGAAUGCUUAAUCUUACAUUGGGGAAAGUUACAUUUCAAAAUGGACUACGCAAAUUUAUUUUAAAAUAUAAAUAUAAAACAUAUAUCGGGGAAGACCUUUGGGCUGUACUAUCCAACCAAGCAAUUAGGGAUGGAACACUUGACAGUCACUUCAAUAUAUCAUAUAUUGCGAAAUCAUGGAUCAAUCAAAAUCGCUUACCGCUUAUAUCUGUUAAUAGAGACUAUUACAAAAGAACUGCAAUAAUAAAACAAAAAGUGUAUCUUAGGGAAAGGCCUCAUGACGUACCCGAGAAGGAAAAAAUGCUAUGGUGGAUUCCAAUAUUAAUUAGUCGUCCAGACACUCUUAGCUUGUCGAAUUAUACCUCUAAUGUGUGGAUGAAUAGGACUAAGCAAAUAAACAUAGCCAAUCUGCCUGACAAAAAUCAAUUUAUUAUUAUAAAUAAAGAAGAAAUUGGUCCUUUUCCCGUAAAUUAUGAUCAACAAAAUUGGAAUAUGUUAUCAAAUUUUUUGCAAACUGCUAAAGGCAGGUCAGCAAUACCAACUUAUACCAGGGCUAAAUUACUACACGACGCCUGGAAUCUAGCUUAUGCAGGCGAAUUAAGUUUUGCAACGGCUUUUAAUAUGACUUUAUUCAUGAAAUAUGAGCGCAAUCAUAUUGUUUGGAGUCCUGUUUUUACAUUUAUAGACCAUUUUGGGCGGUAUAUCGAUAUGUCUGAAGUUCAUACAAAAUUUGAGCAAUAUACUACAACUCUGUUGACUCCUUUAUACGAGGAGCUGGGGCCUGAAAGUGAAAAUGAAGAACAUUGGAAAACAGAGAUGCGGAAAUUGGCUAAGACAUUUUUGUGUCGUGCAGGUUAUCAGCCAUGUAUUGCAGCAGGACAAAAAUCAUUUGAAAUGUGGAUAAAUAAAUCUGAUACUAAUUUUGAUCGGAUUCCUAAAGAAUACAUUUGUCCUGUUUUUAAAUGGGGUUCGAUGGAAGAAUGGAAAUUUGGACUUAAACAUGUAAGCCAGUUCCCAAAGUCCCGUCUACGAAGUGAACGAACUUUUCUAUUGAAAAUGCUCGUUGGCUGUCCAUCGGAUCAUGAAAAGAUUAAUCAUCUACUAGAGUUGGUCCUAUUGGGUGCUAGUUCCAAUUUUACCGAGAACGACAUAUUAUUAAUUUUAAAUGCUUUAAGCGGCGGAUCUGUUGGAUAUACAUCUUUAUUGAAAUUUGUUUUCAAGCAUUGGACUUUUAUUCAAGAAAGGUUUCAAAAUAAAACUAAUCUUUGGGAUAAAUUAAUAAGUUCAGCAACUGGAAUGUUUGCGACUAAAGAGGGAUAUAUUAUGGUAAAGGAUUUCUACGAUCAUCAUUAUGGAGAAUUCGGAAGUGCGCAGCAUAUUAUGGAAAAGUCCCUUCGAAAUAUCAAAGAGGAAGCGCAAUGGAGCGAUCGAAAUCUGCCAGUUAUUGAAAGGUGGUUGGAAACCUUUUUAUCAAAAACAACCAACAAACAAUAAAUAUUUGCUAAAAUAUAAAGAUUAUAACAAAAAAUUUAAAAACGGAUUAAAUAUACAACAAUAGUACGUAA